AUGGGACCUAUGUUUCCCCUGUUCGCCGCCGACUUCCAUCUCAACGACACGCAGCUGAGCUUUUUGACUGGAGCUUGCUUUCUCGCUCUUGGCUUUGCGAACUUUAUCAUAGUUCCCUGGUCGAAGACCUUCGGACGACGCUUAGCAAGUCUCACAUUUUGCUUGCUCGGCAUUACUUCGUGUAUUUGGCAAGCUCUGGCUACUUCAUACACCAGUAUGCUUGCUGCCCGCGUUAUAAAUGGGAUUGCUACAGCUACCAGUGAGACACUCAUGGGCUACUUCCUCGGUCUGUUUAUUGGCACUAUCAUCUCCGGUAAUAUCGCGCAAAGAUACGGCUGGCGUAGCUUCUUCUGGCUCUCUCUAGCGCUAACUUGCUUCAACUUCAUCACUCUCAUGUUAUGUUUCCCUGAAACCCAUUUCCGCAGGUACUCAACCUCAGAGAACUCCGAGCCCAGAACAACUAUAUCCUCCGACCAAAGCAUCAAACAACAAGACCCAAAGAACCUCGCGGAAUCUUCUAUACUCAACGCACCCCCAUAUAAUUUUUCGCCAUCUGGUGUGGGGUAUGCGAAUUUCGCAUUCGUCGUGGGCGGCUUGAUUGGACUUGCUACCGCGGGCCCGCUCUCGGAUUGGGUUGCUGUACGCGCUACAAAGCGCAAUAAUGGCAUUCGAGAAGCGGAGAUGCGGUUGCCAGCUCUUAUUCCCUAUUUCUUUAUUACCGUUGUUGGUAUUGUGGUUGGUGGCGUGGCCUAUGAUCGGCUUUGGGAUUGGCUUGUGAUUCUGGUUGUUGGAUACGGAGUUUGCGUGACCGCUGUUCCUACAAUCGCCAUUGCCUAUGCUGUUGACUGCUACAAGCCCGUUUCUGGGGACAUCAUGGUUGUUGCCACUGUGAUUAAAAAAUACUUGUGGUUUUGUCAUGAGUUAUUGGGUUAUGCCGAUGGCAGCACGAAGAGGCUUUUUGCUGCCUGCCAUGGUGGAAUGGGCGUUGACGGUUGGACCGCUGGUGCUGGGCCUUCCGUUCUAUUUCUAUGGAAAGAGUCUGCGUAG